CCUUUCUCCCUUCCAGAAAAAUUGUUACUCCCUUCCACAAUGGACGGGUCUCGUUUGAAUUUCAAUAACCCGAUUCGGGACGCCAUUUCCAGGGUUCGAUUUGCUCCGAAUUCGAACAAUCUCUUAAUUUCCUCAUGGGAUUCGAGUCUUCGUCUUUACGAUGUGGACAAAUGCGAGCUCCGAUUAGAAGCUCCCAGCGAAGGGGCGGCGCUUCUCGAUUGCUGUUUCGAGAGUGAGUCGGUGGCUCUCGGUGUUGAUUCCGAUGGUUCUAUUCUCAGGUAUGAUAUGCGUGCGGGAGACAGCAAAGCAAUAGGAAAUCAUGACGAUUUAGCAACCUGUGUUGAAUAUUCUGUGGAAACAUGUCAAAUUAUCACUGCUGGUUGGGAUAGAAAAGUAAAGUUUUCAGAUGCACGCUCUGCUAGUUCUUCGGGAUGCUUGAGUAAUCUAGGCAUGGAGGUUGAAUCUAUGUCACUUUCUGGUUUCAGUUUGACGGUUGCUCUCAAGUCAUCAGUGCAUGUUUAUGAUUUGCGCUACUUAGAUGGAUCGGUUCAGGCGAAAGAACAUUGUAUGGACAACCAUAUAAAAUGUGUCCGUUCAAAUUUAAAUUUAGAAGGAUUUGUGGCCGGAUCAACUGAUGGACAGGUUACUUUGGAAUAUCUCAGCAAAUCCAAUUCGAAGAAUGAGGGAUACACCUUCAGAUGCCAUCCAAAGAACAAGAAUGGUAGACAUCAUCUUGUAGCAGUGAACGACAUUGCAUUUAAUCCAUCAUUGCAUGGUGUCCUCGUUACUGGUGACAAUGAGGGCCAUGCUGCAAUAUGGGACGUUCUUAAUAGGAAACGUAUAAUGGAGUUGCCUAGAUAUCCCAAUAGUAUUGCAUCGUUGGCAUAUAACCAUGGGGGGCAGAUUUUGGCUGUUGCAUCGAGUUAUACUUACCAGGAGGCUAAUGAAAGAGAAGAGCAGCCUCAAAUAUUUAUGCAUCGGAUGGAGUAAACGACGAGACGAAUAGCAACAAAAGGUCACUUUGCUAAUGCUGCAAUAUUUUCAGCAUCAACUUUAGAAAUAUCUACCCAUUAGCAUCUCCAUAUAUUUGAUAUUUUCGACUCUUUUUUCUUUUUUUUUUAGAUGUGGAGCUAUGUGUCGUAAACUACUCCUGUAUUUUGGAAGUUCGAUUUUCUGUGAUUUGUAUACUAGAAUAGUAGAAAUUGAUGGUCAUAUUUUGUAACAAAUAGCAGUAAUAUUAGAUCACAUGAAUUUUCAAAUGAGAAA